ACUUAUGACCAGUCUGACCAAACAACAUCAGCACUCAUCAGUUUUGUGUGCAAUUCAUCGCAGUGGGUUUCACUGCAUUCAACAUCUGAUCUACCACAGGCAGGAAAAAUGUUCUGCCUGAGGAGUUUCAGUCUUUUCCUCUCAUGUGUGCUCCUCUUCAUCACAGGGCCAAGUCACGGUUCUGAGAUUAUUAACGGGAAAGAAGUUGAGCCACACUCGCUGCCUUUCAUGGCUUAUGUAAGAGGUAAACUGUCUUCGUGUGGAGGGACAUUGAUCCACCCACAGUGGGUGCUGACGGCUGCCCACUGCACUCGUAUGUAUAAGGUGGUCCUGGGAGCGCACUCCAUCAGGAAAGAGGAGAAGGAGUCGAAGCAGAUCCGAGAGGUUGAGAAACUUUUUCCACAUCCCAACUAUACCCAUGUAACCAAGGGCAACGACCUCAUGUUGGUGAAGCUUCAGGAACCAGUGAAUAAAACCAGGACAGUCAAAUGGCUCAAAUUAGGCAGAACCAUCAGAGACCCGGCAGCUGGCAGCACGUGUCUGGUGGCUGGAUGGGGACGAACCGAAACAAAACGAACAUCAGACGUCCUCAUGUCUGUCAAUGUGACUGUGGUGGACAGACAGACGUGCAACUCUUGUGAUUAUUACAACCACAGACCUGUUAUCACCAGACACAUGAUAUGUGCUGGUUCAGAUGGUACAAACGUCGCUGAUACCUGUCAAGGGGAUUCAGGAGGGCCGCUGUUGUGCGAUGGAGCGCUGGUUGGAGUCACUUCUUUUGGAGCAGGUUGUGGUGUCAUUAAAAAACCUGGAGUCUACUCGUUUGUCUCAAGGAAACAACGAAAGUGGAUCAAGAAGACAAUGAAAUCAUUCUGAAUGUCAUGAAAGCACAGGCGUCAGUCUGCACGAGCAAGAUGAGAACCUUUGCUGUCUCUGUAGACCUUCAUCCAUUUGAUCAUUUCAGUGUUUCUCUUACAUUUCAUUAUAUUUUAGCUUCUGCUAGCCUGCUAUAAUUGUUACACAUUCUGCACAUAUACAGCAUGAGAGCGACCCUCUCAUGGUUAAUCCAUUACUGCGAUUGAAGGAACUUAAAGCAGGCUUCCUGCAGUGCAAUUCCUGCUGCAGGAUUUUGCAGGAUUCCUUUUUUAUUUUGCUCUCUUCAAUCAGAGAGCUUCACCACCUCCUGUAUUAUAUUCUCUUAUUUCUGCACACUUUCUUAUUUGUUCAUCUCUCAUUCCAAUUAUUUGUGCUAAAAAACCAACAUUGAUAUUUCUCUGACUUUCUAAUAAAGCUGAAGGCAUGAAUAAAAAGACA